AUGGCGUCUCCAGACUUGGUUUCUAGCAAUGGAACUACAAGCUCUUAUCUAGGACGACCAUGGAAAGACUACUCUAGGACUGUCUAUCUGCAAUCUUUCAUUGAUAGCCUCAUAGAUCCAGCUGGUUGGAUAGCAUGGUCUGGAGACUUUGCACUGAGCACACUCUACUUUGCGGAAUACAACAAUACAGGCGCAGGAUCAGUGACAACGAACAGGGUUUCGUGGCCGGGUUACCAUGUGAUAAACGCUACAGAUGCUGCCAAUUUCACCGUCUCCAACUUUGUGUUGGGGGAUGACUGGUUACCUGCCAAGCGGGGCUUUCAACUUGGGCGAUUUCAUUUCUUGGCUUGGCGGUGCUCUCGACGAUCUAGGCUCCGUCGAAUAUGA